UUUAUACCUCUGUUCAGAAGAACUACAGAGGGUGGAGCUCUGCCUGGAGAGGGAGGGGGGACCGGAAGAGGAAAUUGUUCAAGGCUUUCCCACGUUGUUGCGGCUUGCUAGGGCUGGAUCUUGGCCGGCCUUGAUUUUUCUGCUUGGAAGCUCCUGCAGGAGGGAAGAUGGUGCGCAAGCUGAAAUUCCAUGAGCAGAAGCUCCUCAAGAAGCUAGACCUGGUGAACUGGGAGGCUGCCUCCGGGAACCUGUCUGAGCUGCGUGUUCUCCGCCGUUACCGCUUGCAGCGCAGGGAGGACUACACUCGCUACAAUCAGCUAAGCCGGGCUGUUCGGGAACUUGCCCGCCGGAUCAGAGACCUGGGCGAUGCGCCAGAGUCAGCGGCUUUCCGAGCUCGGAGUACUGCUGCCCUCCUGGAGAAGCUUUACGCCAUGGGGCUGGUCGGCUCCAAGAGCUCUCUGGAACAGUGUGACCGCGUCUCAGCCACCUCUUUUUGCCGCCGCCGCCUGCCUUGCCUGCUCCUCAAGCUCCGCAUGGCCCAGAACAUGAAAGCCGCUGUCACCUUUGUGGAGCAGGGGCACGUGCGUGUGGGGCCUGAAGUCGUGACGGACCCGGCGUUCUUGGUGACACGGGCCAUGGAGGACUUUAUCACCUGGACUGACUCCUCUCGCAUCCGCCAGCAUGUGCUCAACUACAAUCAGGAGCGAGAUGAUUUUGACUUGGCUUGUUAAAAGUCGAGCUUUCCCUCCCUCUGAAUUUUGCACCCCAUGUGCAAAUCUGUGUGCACCACAGGGAUAGGCCUGAAAUGCUAAACCUGGAUAAUCUCUGCAGGCCCCAACAUUUCCCGUUUUCAGGUGAUGCCCUGUCUGAUUUUGAUAGUGAUGUCAUUUUGAUGGAUAGAUGCUUGGGAUAGUGACCCUGCCUGUUGGUACUGUGCUGCAGUCUUGCCCAUCUAAUGCUGGCUGGGUGUGGUGGUGGUGGUGGACUAGGUAGAUCCUAAUGAAUGCAAAUCUGAUGUUGGUAUCUUCUAUUCAGAUGUCUGAUGUCUAUAUAUUACAUUCAGAUGGCAAAAGUUGAGCUGCAACAAUACCUUCUCUUUACUUCCUUGAAAAAAACAAAAUUAUAGGCAGGGACUUGAAUAACACAUAGACAGUAUCCACCAGAGGUGAGUUGUGGACAAAAGAUUGUUAGAGUAAGCUUGGAAAAGCAAAUAUAUUGGCAAAAUGUUGUAUAGAAGUGCUCUUUGUCAAAUGUCCUCUGUGUCUUUAUCAUAGAUAUCUUCCAGGACUAGCCUGGAAGUUAAAUAACUGAAUUACAUUUGACUGCUUCCCAGAAAACAACCCCAAAUCUUGAUCCAUCUUUAAUUAAAAAACCCAACAAACUGUA